AUGUCCUCCUACGCCCCGCCUCCCGGCCCGCCCCCGCCGACAGUACCGGAGGGGUGGAAAGCCCAGUACGACGAGCGCUAUCAGACAUGGUUCUACAUCAACAUCGCCACGGGCAAAUCACAAUGGGAGCGCCCCGAAGCACCACCACCUUCUGGCCCCCCCGCGGGCCCCCCACCCAUUGAACUGCCCGCCGAAGCCCUCCCAAGCGACAGAAAGCAACCUAUGGCCUCGAACAAUCCCUACAAUCCCGUAAACAGCACCAAGGACAGCACCCCCUCCAACACCAUCGACGAGGACGCCCGUCUAGCCGCCCAACUCCAAGCCGAAGAGGACUCCCGAGCCCGCGGCCAAAGUGGCGAUCGCGGCGCAGCAACAGACUACUACAGCAACCCAUCCUCUGGCCAAGGACAGCCCAGCUACGGCGGUCCCUCGCAAAGUCCCCUCCCCCAAUCACAAAGUCCCAUGCCAGAACAAAAGCGCAGCAAGGGCGGUUUCCUGAGUAAACUCAUGGGCAAGAGCUCGAGCUCCUCACGGCCCCCGCCUCAGCAGCAAUAUGCCUCGUACCCGCAACAACAGGGACCCCCUCCCGGACAGUAUUACGGGGGUGGUGGUUACCCGCCCCAGCAGGGGUAUGGAUAUCCACAGGCCGGAUAUGGCGGUGGUUAUGGAGGGGGAUAUCCCCAGCAGGGUGGGUAUUACGCGCAACAGCCGCCGCGAAAGUCUGGGGGAAUGGGGACUGCGGGGGCGGCGGCGUUGGGUGUCGGAGGUGGAUUGUUAGGUGGGUUGUUGAUUGCGGAUGCGGUGGAGGAUUUGGGGGAUCAUAAUGAUAACUAUGAUAAUGGGGGUGGAGAUUGGGGUGGUGGUGGUGGUGAUGAUUUUGGUGGAGGUGAUUUCUAG